UCAAAAAAUGAGUUGUAGCUUAUCAGUGUACGAAAGGGAGAAAACCCGAGAAGAAUUCCAAGUGAGGGUUAAAAGAAAGGAGAAAGUAGUACCAAUACACCAUAUAAUCGAGCAUAGGCUACCACUCUCAAAUUUAGACUUGUUAUUGCCUCCUGAAGACGUGGGUGUGUUCUUUUACUAUAAAUGUCCAAAUUAUGGUAGCCGAUUUUCGUCUUUCGGGCAAUUGGUUAGCACCCUCAAAACGGCCUUGGCUCAAGCUUUGGUUCAUUUCUAUGUGUUUUCUAGUGAAGUUGUACAUAAUUCUAAGGGUGAAGUUGAAUUAAUGUGCAAUAACCAAGGAGUUGAGUUCACUGAGGUCUAUGCCGAUGUUGAACUAUAUGAUGAUCUAAACCUUUAUAAUCCGGAUGUAAGUGUUGAAGGCAAGUUAUUGCCCAAGAAAAAUAAGCAACGUAAUGUGUUCUCCGUACAGGCCACGAAGCUAAAAUGUGGAGGAAUAGUAGUUGGUUGCACAUUUGAUCAUCGUGUAGCAGAUGCUUACUCAACUAACAUGUUCUUAGUAUCUUGGGCUGAGAUAGCUAACUCAAAGCCAAUCUCAAUGGUACCAUCUUUUACAAGAUCACUCCUCAAUGCUCGAUAUCCUUGUUUGUAUGAUCCCUCAUUGAAUGAAAUGUACGUACCUAUUUCGUCCUUGACUCUUGGGAAAAAUGAACUAUUAUCAAGCAAACAUGAACCACUUGUUAGCCGUAUAUACCAUGUCAAUGCCAAAGAAAUCGAUUAUAUUCAAUCUCAAGCAGAAGGGACUAAACUCGAAUCCUUUAGUGCGUUCAUGUGGAAGUUAAUAUCGAAACAUGCUAGCAUAACGGAAGGUAACCCGAGUAUUGGAAGUUCCAGGAUGUGUAAAAUGGGCAUUGUAGUGGAUGGUAGAACAAGACUAGGUAAUAAGGGCAAUUGUAACAAGCAAAAAAGACUAAUUAGUAGUUAUUUUGGAAAUGUGCUCUCAAUUCCCUUUAGUGAGAAAAGGAUAUGUGAUUUAAAUUCUAAACCAUUAAAUUGGGUGGCUCAAGAAGUCCAGAAAAUUGUGGAGAAGGCGGUGAACAACGUGCAUUUUCCUGACUUGGUCGAUUGGAUAGAAGUCCAUCGUCCUGAACCAUGUCUAGCGAAGAUCUAUAGUAGCGGGACGGAUGAUGGACCGGCAUUUGUAAUGUCAUCCGGACAGCGAUUUCCUAUAUCAAAGGUCGAUUUUGGUUGGGGUAAGCCAAUGUUCGGAUCAUAUCAUUUUCCAUGGGAUGGUAAUGCAGGGUAUGUUAUGCCAAUGGUUAGUAGCACCGAAAAUGGUGAUUGGAUUGUUUACAUGCACCUUACAGAAGGACAAUUGAAAUUCAUUGAAAAGGAAGCAAGUCAUGUAUUUAACCAUUACAAACUUUCAAGGUGAGAUUUUACCUAGGAUUGCGAUUAAAGGGUGAGCUGCUGUGAUGCGUGGUGUGAUUGUGCGUUGGUGUGGAGGCUGCCCAUGUAUUUGAAUUAUGGGUACACAGAGUAUUUGAAUUGUGAGUAUACAGAGUAUUUGAUACUUGAAAUUUCAGUAGUUUGAUUUGUGGAUGUAUUGUGAAUAUUGUAUUGGUUGUCAUUGAAUUUGAUUUUUUGGGUAUAUAUUUGUUUGGCUAUAUUUUGAUUGA